CCUACUGUGAGCUGCUUUGUAGCCAAAGUUCGACGAAUCACCCGGAUAUCGGACAGAUCGACCCUUCUUUUCCGAGAUUGCAUGGCCUCAGAACUCUAAUCUUUCCGAGAUCAACUUUAUCUAGCCCCAAUCUCUAUGUCCUUGCAACCCUGGCGUCCCUCACUGAGUCGCGUACCUGGGGAAUGGAAUACCACCAUGAUAGGGAUCAGCAAUACUAUCGGCAAGAUGUUCUUGAUGAACAAAACCAGACGACUCAGAUUUCUGCCCAAUACAACUCUUCGGCUUCGAUGUCAACUGCUCGCUUCAAAGUACCGCAAUUGCCACAGCGGAGCAUACCAAGAACGACAGCUCAAUCUCUUCCCCAUUCCUCGUACUUGGGAGCCGAACAGUCCGUAUCAUCACCUCUUCAUGAUGGUCUCAAUUACCCUGGAGCGACCUCAAUCAAUUCGACAUACCAAAACGGCUAUGGCUCACUUCGACAACCCUCGACUUCACCAUCUUUCGAGUCAGCUGGAUUUACAUAUGGGUACCAGCAAGCACAGCAGAUUCCAAUCUCAAAUGACUACGCACCGCACAACAUGCGUUCGAUGAGCAUGUCGUCGCACUAUGACAUACCUCAAGCAUCACAGUCCUACGCUUCAACCGCAUAUCCCUACCACAAUCUAUCUUCGUCAACAGCCGAGCUCGGCAUGUACGAGCCUAUGUCGAUUGAUCACCAAGAAUUUCAAGCACCGCAAAUUGUUUCUGGCAACAGCUACCAAGGCUAUGCUGCAUCCCAACCCAUGCAACAGCAGAGCACGACACAACAGAACAACACCAACGUACGCGAAUAUCUCGAGCAGUAUCAGAUGCGGAUCAGAGAGAUAUUCACGUUGGUAAAAAACCAUCAGUUGAAGCCGACCGCAGAUCUUCUCCUGCAAGUAUCACGGUUCCUUAUCGGUAAUGUCGAAGCUCUGGGGCUUGAUAGAGACGACAAGAGUCAAUACGCAAACCGACUGGAGCUCUGGGACACCUUCAACGCAUGCUGGCUCACAGUGCUACAACUGCAAUACAAAACGACGCAUAUGAUGAUGCGUACUGCACAAGAACUACCGCCAGGACAAUCAAUUCUGGACGCUGACACUAUCGAAAUACUGGGUCAAGAGAUUGUGAAGUUGUGCGACGGCAUAGAGAAGACGGGACUUGUCGAUUAUCAGAUGGGUGUAGCCGAAGAGCGGAUCAUCAGCAUCUUACUGAAAUGCUUAGAGAUACUAAGACCACAAUCUCAUAGCACACCCAGAGCUUCUGGAUCAAGCGCCAGUGUCAGUGCCAGUGCCAGCGGCAGUCGCAGUUGAUGCGGAUGACUCCGCACUCGGCUCGCGAAGGGUCAUGAAACUCGAAACCCGGUAUGGCUGUCCCGACAUUAUGGAUCAUGCUUGCUCCAGCCGUCUUCGUCGGCACCCUGCAUAGGAAAUUGAGUACCACCGAUAUGCACGGUUCCGUACCGAUGGUUGCACCAACACAUCUACCUCCAACACCAACACCAACUUAUCACGAUUCUCACGAAAUGACUGAAAAGAGAUCCGGUUUACAUUAUCUUUGCAUCAUUACACUGGGCAGAAGGAUCAUCUUUUCCGACCUUUUUUUGGAGGCAGC